GAAAGCGUCAAGAUACGUUACAUUCAAUCAAAGUAUGACAUACAGUGCCCUAGAUGUUUUGUUGUGCGUCGUGCCCGAGUGGUCUUCUUGGGAAUGCUGGUGCAAGCGUCCAUGGCGCGCGGCAGAUGUGUGUGGCGGCGAGCUCGAGACGCUCUCGAAGCGGUUGCCCACGAGGUCGCUGCAGCAGACGUUCUCUUCAGUAGUAGACGUCGUGGGACCCGCGAUCUAGACAAGGGACAAGGUCAUAUCUUGCCACCGGUGGCGGCCAAUGAGGGCCGCGACUUGACGGUGAUCGCAGCUCCUCCUCUGCUCAUCGUGCGCUUCAGCUGCACUACAAAAACCACACCUUGUCGACGCCUGGUGAUGUCGCACGUGCUUGCAUACAGGGUGAUCCGGCGACCACCAUGUUUGCCACCCCUUUGCAACGCUGCACGCGCGAGCAGAGGUCCACUGAGUCUGCCUGGAACGCGUACGCAAGGGGGUGGCCCUUGAUCGAGGCAGUAGCUUGUGGGUAACGCGCCUGGGACUUGGUCGUUAUC